CAAAAACAGCAGUAGUCGUUUGAAGUUUAUAGCCCAAUUUAUUGAACAUUUUUGAAGAUUUAUUAUUGCAUUGAUUAGGAGUAUUUUAGUCGACACUUAUUGGAAUUAUCUUGAUCUUAUUACAAAAGGCCACAGCUAAAAUGGGUACGUCAAGAAACAUAACACGUAAACAAUCUAAAUUUCAAAGGUUUAGGGACCGGCUUGGGCAUAUUCUUCAUACCCAUCCGGCGUUAAUUGUCGUCUGCUGCCUGGCCAUAUGUGACGUGUCAUUUGUCGUAGGGCAGUUGAUAUGCGACCUCCUUAUAAUCAGAGAAAAGUUGGAUCAAACUGACAUUGGUACUCAAUCUUUAACUGUGGCACUAAAGCAAAGGUACAGUGAUGAUUUCGUGUGUUACCAUGGUACAAGUCUAAAUGACCUCAUAGAUCACGUGACGGGGACUACUGACCAUCAUCUUAUGAGAAGAGCGUUAGCGAAUUCAAACCAACAACUGCAGAAAACGAAUGUGUCGUCCAGCAUUAACACUGAUAACGAGCACCAGGAUACUAAUGCCUCAUCGUCAGAAAACCAGGGAAACUACAACAAACUACAACUCGAAGAUGGGCGCGCUGAUAUGAACGAUAUACUUCAAUUGAUUGAUGAUGGGAAUGUUGGUAAUGCUUCAGCGUUGUGUGGAAACAAUACCGAUCACCAUGGUGAUCAUAGCCACGACUUGUUACACGAGCUCACGCAUGCUUUUCAUCUGGGCAGUUUGACCGUUCUUUCCAUUAUGGUUUUUGAGAAAAUACUAAGGUUGUUCGCAUUUGGAAAAUAUUUCUUUCACAGUAAAUUAGAGGUAUUUGAUGCGUUUGUUGUUUUCACGUCAUGGUUAUUGGACAUCAUAUUGAUAGAGGGCGUUUGGGCAAACAGUGAAGUCCAGGCCGCCUUGCUGCUGGUACUGCUUCUUCCUUGGAGGGUCAUUCGAAUAGUAAAUUGUUUCAUAAUGGUAUUUAAAGAAAAGUACAAGAUCGAGAUCAAGAUGUUGGCCAGUGGAAAGAAACAGGCAGAGAAGAAAACAGUGUCGAUAGCAAGACAGGUGCUCAGAUAUAAGUCGGAGAUCAAGGCACUGAGAGGGGUAUGUAGGAAACAUGGUGUCGAUGAGGAAACAGUUGGAGCUUGCCAUGUAAAGGCCACAAAAUCAUUACGCCGCCCGAAGAGUUCCGCUUCAAAUGCUCUACUUGCAUCAUCUCGCAUAUUCUUGGCGGCUCCAUUGGGGCAAGAUCCAAAGUCAGUGGAAGAUCUUCAAGGCUACGAAUCGGAUGGCGAAAGCGUCUCGAACUAUGAAUCAAAUGACAAUACUAGGGGAAGAUCCACGAGCAUGGACAGUGUGACGUUAAAUAUCUAUGCGCAGACGAAUAACGAUUCGUUUGCUUCAUUGAAAGGCUUGGACUUGACCUACGUUAUCAAUCAACAUCCCGGCUAUAGAGAAGACUACAAUAAUGGACGGAGAGAUUCCUUUGACGGUGCCAUAUUCUGGGUGGAUCCUGAAGUGCCAAAUACACAAGAAAAUGACAGGAACUAUACAAACAAUAACUUUCUGAAGAAUGGAGGAAUGUAUAGGGAUAUAUGUAACAUAUGACAAUCACAGAUUUCUAGAAUUGAUAGGACUGUGAUCGUUGACAUACCCUAAAUACUGUUAUUUCUAAAAAGGUGCUGGGAGAUCUAGAUUCAUCUACUCUUUCAAUAAUCAUUGAUCUAGCCCCACGGUGAGCCCUGUCCAAUCAGAAUGGGGCAAUCAAAUAACAGCUACUCAUUCAGAAAUGUAGUCUUUGCAUUUCCUGUAUUCUUCGCAUUUGCUUGCCCUAGCUUCGCCAUCAUCGUUACCUUAGAACUAAACUCUACGCUCAUGGUACAUUUUCUGCCUCUAAAACUAACUACCCGAAGUACCAGUAGGUGACAUUUAUUCCAUAAACGUCUCAUAAAAUACCAGGAAUCAACAAGACCCCAUCAGCAUUAACUGCGAAACUGUCUGUCUGUCUGUCCGAGGGUAUGAAUUAUUAUCCCUGUCUUCCAAGUUUCAGCAUCGUGGUAAGCCACGCCUUUUCCAUUUCUGUCCUUGAUGCAAUAGCGAGAGUUGUUUUAAGCAUCGGAAUGGGAUUUCAGAGCAAUGAUCCGUAUAUGUGUCCUUACCAUGCAUUGUUUUCAGUUACCAGUGAAAACUUAUUGAAAGGGGAGGGGGGGUCGGGUUUGAGCCGUUGGCACAUUCAUAGGUUGAA